AUGCGAUCCGAUUGUUUAACUCACGUUUUAGUCACUUAUCUGAUUUUCGCUCUCCCUCAUUUACAAUCCAUCUUAGGUCAAACUUGUGCUUCUAUCAAGCGAAGGCAGGAAUGGCGUACUUUGAGCCGCGCUGAUCAAAUUUCUUACAUCGAUGCUGUCAAAUGUUUGAUGAGCAAUCCGUCUCAGUUGAUGCCUCUAUCAGGGCUUAAUCGAGUUGAUGACUUCCAAUACGUUCAUUCUACCUUGCAAGACUCGGUACAUUUUGUGGCCCAUUUCUUAGUUUGGCAUCGACACUUUAUCUACCUUUAUGAAGAAGCCUUAUCUCACUGCGGGUACACCGGUGCACUACCCAGAUGGGAUUGGACUUUAGACGCAGCAAACGUGACGGCGGCCCCAGUCUGGUCCUCAGAUAGAGAGGUCGGUUUCGGCACAAAUGGCACUGGCCCCAGUACUGCUUCUUCUAAUACUGGUCUAGACGGUGGAGCUGUGGUUGAUGGCGCCUUUGCAAGACUUCAACUCAAUCUUCCAUUUAGACAUCUAUUGCAAAGGAAUUGGAAUCCUUUCCUUGAGAUCUCUUCCGGGGGAUCCAUAUUUGCCAGCCAGUACUUUGAUCAGAGGGCUAUUAGGAAUAUUCAAAGCUUGACCACCUAUCAUCAGUUCGCGGUUGCUGUGGAGGGACAAGACCCCGAUGUCUUUGAGAACGCCCAACCUGGUCCUCAUAGCACGAUUCACGCUCUAAUUGGAGGGGACUUUCCCUCAUCAUCAACAGCGGUGAACGACGAACUAACAAAUAUGGAUCAUCAAUAUAGUCUCUUUUUCUUACAUCACGCAAACAUUGAUUGGCUCUGGUGGAAAUGGCAACAAGCCGAUCGAAGCAAUAGACUUUUUGAAUAUGGUGGAAAUCGACGAAGAAGAAGUUCCAGGCAGGAUGCUACUCUGAGUGACAGAAUUGAGUUUUUAGGAUUAUCUCGGAACCCUACGAUCAGUAGUGUGAUGGACAUUUCUACGUUUCCACAUUGCUAUACUUAUGUUUGA